UUGUAUUUUCCAUGCAUAAUGCAGGUGAUAGAGUGAAGUUUAGCUGCCCUUCUUUUGAUGGCUUGCAUGAAACAUCUUCAAGGGGCCCAACUAAUGGUAGUCAGGGAAAGAUUGUCUUGCUAUUUGAUGAUAAUCCACACUCUAAAAAAAUUGGUGUGAGAUUUGACGAACUCAUACAUGACGGCCUUGAUCUUGGAGGUGCAUCUGAGGCUGGUCGAGGCUUUUUCUGCAAUGUCAAUGAUCUUCAUUUGGAAAACAGUGGUGCGGCAGUACUGGACAAAUUACAUAUUAAUACAUUGUUUGAGGUUGUUUAUAGGGAGAGUAGAAGUACACCAUUCAUUUUGUUCAUGAAAAAUGCCGAGAAGUCAAUAGUUGGAAAGGGAUGUCCAUUUUCAUUUAGACAUAAACUUGAUACACUUCCAAAGAAUGUGGUGGUAAUAGGUUCACACACUCUUCCUGACAAUGGCAAUUGCAAGAAGAAGUUGCAUCCCGCUGGUCUGCAGCCGCAUCCCGCUGGUUUACUUUUAAAAAGUCUUGGUAGCAAUAAGGCUGCACCUCUUGAAUUGGCCACCUUGGGUAGUCCUGGACAAUUGCAUGACAAGGAAAGGGAAGUAUCAAAACUAAAUGAAGCUUUAACUAAUAUUUUCCCAAAUAAAAUUAAAAUUCACAUACCACAGGAUGAGGUACUUCUAGCAUCAUGGAAGCAGCAGCUGGCUCGAGAUGUAGAGGCUUUGAAAAUAAAAGCAAAUUUACAUCAACUACACAUUGUUUUGAGCCGUUUUGGAAUUGAAUAUGAAGAAGGACUUGAGACCUUGUGCAUUAAAGAUCAGACACUUACGAAUGAAAAUGCAAAGAAGAUCAUUAGUUGGGCUCUAAGCCACCACCACAUGCAGAAUUUGGAAGCUAAUCCAGAUUCAAAGCUUAUAUUGUCGUGUGAGAACAUCCAUUAUGGAUGUGGGAUGUUGCAGUCUCUCCAAAAUGAGUCAAAAGGCAUGAAGAACUCUCAUAAGGAUAUUGUAACAGAAAAUGAUUUUGAAAAUAGACUUUUGGCUGAUGUUAUUCCACCAAGCGACAUCAAUGUUACUUUUGAUGAUAUUGGGGCUCUUGAAAAUGUUAAGGAUACGCUGAAGGAGUUGGUGAUGCUUCCUUUGCAGAGGCCUGAGCUUUUCUGUAAAGGGCAAUUAACCAAGCCAUGCAAGGGUAUCCUAUUAUUUGGCCCCCCUGGAACAGGCAAAACAAUGCUUGCAAAGGCAAUUGCAACUGAAGCUGGUGCAAACUUCAUCAACAUUUCUAUGUCAAAGAUUAUGUCUAAGUGGUUUGGUGAAGCUGAGAAGUUCGUGAAAGCUGUUUUCUCUCUGGCGAGUAAAGCUGCUCCUAGUGUUAUAUUUAUUGAUGAAGUUGACAGCAUGUUGGGUCGAAGAGAAAAUCCAGGGGAGCACGAGGCCAUGCGGAGAAUGAAAAAUGAAUUCAUGGUUAAUUGGGAUGGUUUACGUACAAAGGGUUCUGAACGAGUUCUUGUGCUUGCUGCCACUAACAGGCCUUUUGACCUAGACGAGGCUGUCAUUAGGAGGCUACCACGAAGAUUGAUGAUAAAUUUGCCAGAUGCUCCAAAUAGAGCUAAAAUAUUGAAAGUUAUACUUGCAAAAGAGGAAUUGUCUCCUGAUGUUGAUUUGGAUGCAGUUGCAAGUAUGACUGAUGGAUAUUCCGGAAGUGAUCUUAAGAAUUUGUGUGUAACUGCUGCUCAUUGUCCAAUUAAAGAGAUAUUAGAAAAGGAAAAAAAGGAACGUGCUAGUGCUCUAGAAGAAGGUCGACCUGCUCCUGCAUUAUGUAACAGCGGGGACAUCCGAUCUUUAAACAUGAAAGACUUUAAACAUGCUCACCAACAGGUGUGUGCCAGUAUUUCUCCUGACUCAGUAAAUAUGACACAGCUUGUACAUUGGAAUGAACUAUAUGGUGAAGGUGGUUCAAGAAUAAAACAAACACUGAGCUAUUUCAUGUAGAGCUUUCUCUUUGGUUAUUUUGUAGUCAAUUUUUAGGGUUUCUAGGUCUUGCUGUUGGGCUACUUAGUUUGUAAAAUGAAAUAAAAGUUUUUUUUUUUAUCUCCUACAUGUGGGAUGAUGGAUUUUGAAAAGGGGUGGAACCUUCCUGAAUUUUGGCGGGCUCUGCUUCGUUUGUUUUGUUCCUCAUCUCAAAAGAACGUUGUGGAUAUGUUGCAGCUCUUGUAGAGUCUUAUGUUUUACACCAAAAUUGAGUUUACAAUAAACAAUAUACGAAGAAAUGUCUUGAAUUGAUGUUGCAUUAGAAUAUGGUACAGAAUCAUAAACCAUGUCUAUUCAAUAGUUAAAA